UUGUAUGGACUUUUUUCUUUUUCCGUUUAUCACAAACCAUGGUGGGAGACUCGAACAAGAGGGGUCUCUUAAAAUAAAAUCAAGAAUGUUUUUAACAGUUGAGAUAAUAACUAUUGGACCCAUCAACUUCUUUAUUAUAAAACUCCUAUAGAGGAAUAAAUAUUAAUGUGUUUCCGUUAUAUAAAGACCAUCAUAAGUUUCAUCAUUAAUCCCACUUUAGUUUCUUUAAAUCACAUCCCUUCAAACUGACGCCAAGCUCCUCUCUCUCUCUCUUUGUCUCUUUCUGUCUUUCUAUUACACAUAUGCAAACACACGAGAUGGAUGUUUGUUCACCAGUCACGACCAAGAAGCUCUCAAGACUCGCGAAGCUAAUCCUCUACACAAUCCAAAAGGUCUCGGACGCCUCACGUCACAAACUCCAAACAACCCUCGAUCCACAACUACUAGCGAAACGUGGCAAGACCCUACGCAAAUCCCUAAACGAAGCCGUAUCAACUUCCCACUCCCACAUCACGUGCCGUCCCUCCGACCACGACGACGUCAGAUCCUCCUUCAUCUCACCUGUACCGCUCCAGCUAGACUACGAGUUUAGCUGCAGCAGCACCCCACCAAGACGUUCCUACGCCUCGACCACCACCGACGGACGACGCAGCGGGUCCCGCAAACCGCUUAUCGACAAACGCCAACGCCACGCGUAUAUCCGCUACAACACGCUCCCUAAGGUUCCUCGGGAACGACACGGUGCAGCGGCCGUGUUUCCUGACGUAGCUAGCAGCGUGGGAACCAUGGAUAGCUGCCACGUGGACAGAGCGGCGGAGGAGUUUAUACAGAGGUUCCACAGAGAGCUGAGGUUGCAGAGGUGGAUGAUGGCUCAGGAGGUUUAAAAUAUGCUUAGCCACUUUCGUUCAACCAAAAUAUUUAUCAUAUAAGAAAAAAAAAACUGUAAUAUGUAACUUUAGUAGUCUUGUUUUGACUUUCCAAAAUCUCCUUGUAUAGUUUUUCAUCUUUUAUCUUUCAUUUGCUUUGGGUAAUCAAUGAAUCCAUGAUCGAUUUUAAUUCA